AUGCCGGGGACGACGACGCGCGCGUGCGCGACGCACGCGCGAGGCGGGUUCGAGACGAAAACGCGCGGUCGACGACGCGCUUCGAGGCGAGAGCGCGCGGUCCCGAGGUCCUUCUUUGGCCGCUCGGAUGCCGAGCAGUGGCUCGGCGAUGCGCUCGGGGACGGCGACGACACACGAAACGCGAGCGAGACGUCUUCUUCUUCGUCCAUAGACGCCGCGUUCGCGAGCGUGGCGAAGAAACGGCGCGGGUUGGCGCUCUUCGAGGCGGAGUUGGCGAAGGAGGACGAGGAAGACGUCGACCUCUUGAAGUGCGCGUGUUACGUCUCGAUGCAUCAAAACCCAGACCUAGACUGCGAGCAAGUUCGACGAGACAUCGAUGAGAUGGCGACGGUGGUGAAGAAGCGACUGGACGACGAGCUCGGACCGGAGGGCGAGCGUUUUCCGUUGAGAACGAUUAAGACGCUGAGCAGAGCGUGGGCGCACGACCUCGGGUUCACGGGUAACGUGGAGGAUUAUUACGACGUCGAGAACUCGUGCAUCGAUCGCGUCCUGGCGCGGCGAACGGGGAUCCCGAUUACAUUAUGUCUGACCUACAUGGAGAUCGCCAAGCGGUGCGGGAUCACAAUGGUCGACGUCGGCAUCCCCGGACAUUUGUUGUGUCGACCGGUUGACUUCGGCUCGAAUUGCGCCGUGGACGAGUUGGAAGAGAUGGAAAUCUUGGUCGACGCAUUCAAUCAGGGCGACAUCAUGUUCAUCGAAGAGGUCGAAGAUAUCUUGGCUAGAAACUCGGGAUUGGCCGAGGGGCAAAAGGUACAGAUCGAUAGAUCGUUCUUGCGAGAGACAAAGAUUCGCAAGCGAGCGUUUUUGACGAGAAUGUUGACCAAUCUGCGCGCAAUUUACGACGUUCGCGGGGACGAUAAAUCGACGCUUCUCAUCUUGGAGUACAUGAUGGUGUGUAAUCCAUACGAGAGCUUGCGCGUGCCGCUGACAAAGGCGCUCGGGCUGAGCUAUUUCAAGAAUCAGAGGUGGGUCGACGCGUCCGAGACGCUCGUUUCGCUCGGGGGAUCCGGCGACGUCGAGGUUGACGCCGUGUUACAGAGCGUCGAACGAAUCUUGGCGCUCGAGAGCGACGCGAUCGGUAAAGGGGAGGACGACGACGACGGUAGUAUAGAUACUUAG